CAGCCGCAGCCACUGCUCUGCAAAGAGGGGCCGGGGGCAGGGGCCGGGGCGCCCUCCCUCCCACCUUCUCCCGCCGCUAUGAGCCAGGGAAGUCCGGGGGACUGGGCCCCCCUCGACCCCACCCCCGGGCCCUCAGCGCCCCCCAACCCCUUCGUGCAUGAGUUACAUCUCUCCCGCCUCCAGAGGGUUAAGUUCUGCCUCCUGGGGGCACUGCUGGCCCCUAUCCGAGUGCUCCUGGCCUUUAUCGUCCUCUUUCUCCUCUGGCCCUUUGCCUGGCUGCAAGUAGCUGGUCUCACUGAGGAGCAGCUUCAGGAGCCCAUUACAGGAUGGAGGAAGACCGUGUGCCACAGUGGGGUGCUGGGCCUCAGCCGCCUGCUCUUUUUCCUGCUGGGUUUCCUCCGGAUUCGAGUUCGGGGCGAGCGGGCCUCUCGCCUUCAAGCCCCUGUCCUCGUCGCCGCCCCCCACUCUACUUUCUUUGACCCCAUUGUUCUGCUGCCCUGUGACCUGCCCAAGGUUGUGUCUCGAGCUGAGAACCUUUCAGUUCCUGUCAUUGGAGCCCUCCUUCGCUUCAACCAAGCUAUCCUAGUGUCCCGGCAUGACCCGGCUUCCCGGCGCAGAGUGGUGGAGGAGGUCCGAAGACGGGCUACCUCAGGAGGCAAGUGGCCCCAGGUACUAUUCUUUCCUGAGGGCACCUGUUCCAACAAGAAGGCUUUGCUAAAGUUCAAACCAGGAGCCUUCAUCGCAGGGGUGCCUGUGCAGCCUGUCCUCAUCCGCUACCCCAACAGUCUGGACACCACCAGCUGGGCAUGGAGGGGCCCUGGAGUGCUCAAAGUCCUCUGGCUCACAGCCUCUCAGCCCUGCAGCGUUGUGGAUGUGGAGUUCCUCCCUGUGUACCGCCCCAGCCCGGAGGAGAGCAGGGACCCCACCCUCUAUGCCAACAAUGUCCAGAGGGUUAUGGCACAGGCCCUGGGCAUUCCAGCCACCGAGUGUGAGUUUGUGGGCAGCUUGCCGGUGAUUGUGGUGGGCCGGCUGAAGGUAGCCUUGGAGCCGCAGCUCUGGGAACUGGGGAAGGUGCUUCGGAAGGCUGGGCUGUCCCCUGGCCGUGUGGACACUGGAGCAGAGCCCGGCCGGAGUCGAAUGAUCAGCCAGGAAGAGUUUGCCAGGCAGCUGCAGCUCUCCGACCCCCAGAGUGCUGGUGCCUUUAGCUACUUCCAGCAGGAUGCCAAGGGUUUGGUGGACUUCCGAGAUGUGGCCCUUGCACUGGCAGCUCUGGAUGGGGGCAGGAACCUGGAGGAGCUGACUCGCUUGGCCUUUGAGCUCUUUGCCGAGGAGCAGGCUGAGGGGCCCGGCCGCCUGCUCUACAAAGACGGCUUCAGCACCAUCCUGCACCUGCUGCUGGGGUCACCCCGCCCUGCCGCCAUGACUUUGCAUGCCGAGCUGUGCCAGGAGGGACCCUGCCAAGGCCUCUCCCUCGGUCAGUUCCAGGACUUCUCCCUCCACGACCCGCUCCACGGGAAGCUCUUCAGCACCUACCUGCGCCCCUCCCAGAAACCACAUGCCUCCCCCCCAGGCAGCCCCCCGGCUCUGGCCAACGGGAGCGUGCAGGCCCCCAAGCAAAAGGGCGACUGAGCGCCCCGACCUCCCCAGCUCGCACCGGCCCACAGACUCAGGGCAGCGCCAGGGGCCACCCUUGGGCCUCAAGCCCAUCUCUGUCCUGCUUGACUUUUGGUUAUUGCUAUUUGUUUUUUUAAGUUGGUUUUCAUUUUCCGUUUGUUUGGCUUUAUUUUGUAAGAAACUAUUUUAUAUAUAAAUAUAUAUCUAUAUCUAUUUAAAAAAAGGCAGGUCAGUCACACUGAUGGUGUCAUUAGCUACAAAGGAAAAGGCUUAAUGAUUGCAGGCUGCCCACUGGAUGACCCUGAAGCUUCCCCAGGUUAGUCCCCUUGGCAACAGCUGGAUGAAUCCUUACUUCCAGACGGGCAGGGCUCUCUCCUGCACAGAAAUGCAAAUUUCAUCUCCCUUCCUGUUGUCAUACCGAUAAACGCACAUCUUAACAGGC